AUGACACAUGGGCGUCCUCCUGUAUCUCAUGCGUGGCCCCUGAAUCACUUCCUUCCAAAGGUCGAUAUCUCGGAUCCGCACACAUUCCUAGCUGUCAAGCGCGGGAUCCUCCAGUAUACAUGGCUGAAGCCUAUUUUGGCCAUCGCCUCAAUCAUAAUGAAAGCGACGGAUACCUAUCAAGAGGGCUACCUCGGCCUGGAGUCAGGUUACCUUUGGACCGGUAUAGUGUACAAUGUCAGCGUCACUGUUAGUCUCUACUCUCUCGCAAUGUUCUGGGUCUGCUUGCACGACGACUUGCAGCCAUUUCGGCCGGUUCCCAAGUUUCUCUGCGUCAAACUCAUCAUCUUUGCCUCCUAUUGGCAGGGCUUCUUCUUGUCCAUUUUGCAGUGGUUAGGAGCCCUGUCGAAUGGGGUGGCAGGAUACACACCCGACAACCUCGCUGCAGCAAUACAGGAUAGCUUGAUUUGUUUUGAGAUGCCCAUUUUCGCCAUCACCCAUUGGUACGCGUUCUCCUGGCACGACUACGCGGAUCCAACCAUUUCCGCCGCUCGGCUGCCGGUUGUGUAUGCGCUUCGAGAUGCCUUUGGAGCCAAAGAUCUGGUGGAAGACACAAAGAUGACUCUUCGGGGUGAGAACUACGAGUACAGGCUAUUUGAUUCCGGCGAUCAUAUCAUCCCGCAUGCUGAGUCUAAAUCUCGAGUUAAACGCGUGAUGGACGGAAUGCGGUACGAGCGAGGCGGAAAGGCAAAGUACUGGAUUCCCAAGCCAGGAGAGGUCAACAGUCGAACUCCUUUACUGGCUGAUGCAGAAUCGAGUAACCGGAGUCGGAGAAGCAGCGCUCUGGAGCGCUUCCGUUCAAAUAGCGACAUUGACGAAACCACUCUGGAUCCAGACGACGAGGAAUUGUUCACCAAAGCUCGCGCGUUAGAGUUUGGGGAUUGGAAUUACCCCGUAAUUACAGCCAACGUAGUUCCAAGAGAUCAACGUUUGCCGAGUACUACAACCUACCAGAAUGUCGAGCAAGCCGCCGAGCCAGUGAAGAGAGCCCGGAAGCACAGGAAAUCCCGUACGAUGAGCGGGAAAGGUGAGCAGCGGAAUGACCGCAAUGGCUCGAGUCACUCCCGGCGAAAAGGCAGUCACGAGUCGCCUUCCCUCAAACGCGGUUCAAGCUCCUUGACCACCCAAGGUUCCCACCGCAGCCAGUUAGUUGACCUCGUAGUCGAAAAUCGAGAUGCUGAGGAGGAGGAACGGGCGCAAGCUGAGAGAGCUUUUGGUUCAGCAUUGGUCGAACCAGAAAACAAACACUUUCAGAGGCCUUCCGGUAAACCAGUCGACGAGGAGAACCACACAGCACCGCCUGCAGAGGGUGGGAGCACCUCUAAUGAAAACACAGAAGCUGUUAAAGAGCCUGAAGAAUCCGAAGAAGAAGAGUCGAGAACUCCUGUUUGGUCCUAUGGGGGCCUGGAAGAGGAGAACGUUUGGGGUAAAUAG